AUGUCCGUCUCCCGCAGCACUGCCGAUGCAGCCCUGGAGCCGCCACACCGGCGUGCAUUCAUCGGCAAUGCCUCCAAUUUCUGGCUCCACUCAACACGUACGGGCUUCGACUUAACCCGCUCAGCGAAGGACCAAUCCGAUGAGCUUACCUCUCCGCGCGUCCGCAUCGAGACCACUACAACCCCGAUCACGCUGUCAUCUGCAAAGACCGCGCUGGUUAUAAUCGACAUGCAGAACUUCUUCCUCUCGCCUGGAUUCGGCCGCUCCAGGGGCGCAGGCCACGCUGCGGCGGAAAAGCUGCUGGAGUAUGCUAUCCCUGCGGCACGCAAGGCGGGUAUUCAGAUCAUCUGGCUCAAUUGGGGUCUCAGUGAGGAGGACUUGCGAACUAUACCACCAGCUGCGAAGCGAGCUUUUGGCUUUGAAGCUGUUCCAGAUGACGAAGUUGAUGGCGGUGGUGAAGCUGGAGAUAUUCCGGCUAUCAGUUGCAAAAGAGAGGCUGUUGCGGAGAAGCCGGAGAGCAUCACUGCUGACAGGCACAACGAUGUCCGCCGUAAAGAGAGGAAUCGGCUCCUAGAGAAUGGAAAAGACGGCAGGAUCUACAAGGGCCUCGGCGCACCCUGCGGCAUCCUAAUACUCCCCGAUACUGGCAAGACAGUCGAUGCCGGACGGUUGUUGAUGCGAGACACCUGGAACGCCGCACUUUACGCACCGCUUACCGCUGCUUACGAAGAGGGCUCCAAGUUGUCCUACAAAUCCGAUGUAUGGAUCCACAAGGACCGGCUGUCCGGCCUCUGGGGCGCCAGUACCCCAUGUCAGGAAUUUCUCGAGGAGCAGGGUAUCAAGAGCCUGCUGUUUGCGGGCGUCAACACCGACCAGUGUGUUAGCGGCACGGUCACGGAUGCAUUCAACAAGGGGUAUGACUGCGUGCUGCUUAGCGAUGGGUGCGGUACUACAUCGCCGAGCUACGCUCAGCAGUGCAUUGAGUUCAAUGUGGCAAAGACGUUGGGGUUCGUUACUUCCUGUCGACAGUUUGCAGAAGGCGUAGAGCAGCUGGGUCUGUGA